UAAUUCUUUCGACAUCUCCCCACGAUGACGAAGCCCCGUUUAUAUAACUGAAUAUUACCUAGUAAUAUCAUGUCCUAACAAAUGGAUCAAUCCGCUACUAAGUCAAUCAGACGGAAGCCGGUCCCGUCUGCAAACAAGCCUCCACUUCCAGCUCCACUGCCUCCAUCCUCUGAUGAUCACGAUGUCCUUGAUGGUCUCAUUGAUGACUAUCUGGAAUCGCCCAAGCUACAACAAAAAUAUGCACCAGCAAUUGAAACCAAGGAACUGAAGCUAGAUACACGACUUGAACAUCCUGUGUUGCCUUCGAGGCAGCCCUCUAUUCCUCUUGUUGCUAGUCCCUCUGAAAUUUCCGAAGUAUCUGAAAUAUCACUUAAUUCUAGCGUCUCAACGCCAGAAACUCCCAAUCCAGGUCGUUCAAUAUGGAAGACGGCAGUUGACGAGACUAUAUACUUCGCCGGCGGGCUAAUAUCCCACCCGUUCGAGUCAACUAAGCAUUAUAGCAUAUUGCGCCACUCCGCUGCUGUCGUCCUUUACCGAGGGCCAUCUACAAGUGUCACUAUCACUGUUUUUGCAGAUGAGCCAUUGCCGACCGACCGUUCGUUUUGGUUGCAACGAAAAGGCUUUUCUGGGAAUAUGGGUAUGGCUGCUAGUGCCCUGCUCCGCACACAGGGGAGUUGGAUCGAAGUAACGCCUUCAUUCGAAACGCUUGCGUCCGAUGUUCCUCCAUCAGAUGAAAGGGCUUGGCAACGAGACAUCAAAAAGUUUCAUAAAAAGACUGCAUCUCAUAAGCACUUAUCCAAGCAGACCGCCCGCGAGACAUGCAUUAUCCGAAUCCCUGCAUCGGCGGAAGAUGGCUAUCUGCGAAUUGUUAUGUGUACGGGCGAGGGGUCGAAAAAGACUCUUUGCCCUUCACCGGUUUUCCGCGUAGCAAGUACGUCGUCUGAUGUGAGCGUAAUGAGAGGUGCAAGUUUAUCUACUAUGCCGCUCGAACUCGGAUUAAAAGUGGCAUCUGUAGUAGGCACAAACGUUGUCGAUAGAUAUGUUGGGCCGGCGCGCGAUGCGAUACAGAGCAAGAUAGAACAGUACACGCCGGGUGCCGUCGCACAAGAAGCGGGGAUUUUAGCAUACGAGCAGUCUGGAAUCCAGGGGAGGGUUGCAUCUGCAGAAGAAAUUUUCGACACAAAAAUAGAUGUUAUAUACGCCUCGCAGACUGAAGGGGUAAUGGAAGUAGCACCGAUGAUUAUCGGCGCUGAUAGUGGACCCGAGAAGCCGUUCCCGAUCCGAUUUUCUGGCAAAGUUGUUGAAGGAACAGGUCGGAGUCGAUCUGAGAUUGGUAUACCUACAGCAAAUCUAUCCGGCGUACCAGGGGACUUACUGCUACGUCUUAGCGGUGUCUAUAUCGGUUGGGUUGCGGUCCAACCUAUUAAAGGAGUUCAGGGUAUUUCAAAUGACUGGCAUGAGGCGAUCAUCACCGUUGGCCCUUCGCCAUAUGAGCCGCCUCGGGUUGUUCCUAAGAACGUAGUCGCUAUUCACAUUAUCCACGAUUUUGAUGGAGCGACAUUUUUCAACGCCAACGUCCAAGUUAUUAUUAUGGCAUACAUAAGACCUAUACCAAAACCCGGCGUUUCACAACCCCGCGAUGUAAUUGCUGCCGCUAUCAUGAGAGAUAUCAAUAUCGCCGUCGCGAGUUUAAGUCGCGACAACUGGCAAUGCGAGAUGACCCUCCAAAGAGCAAAGACGGAUAAAAGUACGAGAUCUUUCGAAGAGAGAUAUGUCGACGUGCGAACUCAAGUACAGAAAAGGGUUGACAGCGUGCCAUUGCAUUUGGCUGGGGUUCGCACCGCGAGAGCUGAAGUAAAAGACCAAGCUUAUGGCAGAGGUGGAUUAUAUAUACGAAGAUGACCGAGAUAAAAACAUACUCGUCAAUUAGGGAUAUAAACAGAUUAUAAUUACGAUAUUACGAUUUUUAAUUCGAGCAUUUUUGCAAAAUUCAUACCAUUUAUACACGAGUAUCUUAUUCUACAAAUCUUUCUGAAGGUCGUCUACAAGCCCUUUUUCUGGAUUGAAUUAACAAAACUGUUCGCUUCCUCGGUAACCUCGGCAGCCAAGUGGAGGUUGGAAGGUUCCCGAACACCGAAUACAUAAUCAGAGUAAGACAUGCCUACUACGAUACGCAUUUGCAGUCACCACGAUUGCCCGUGCUGCAGGCGUAACUUGCUGCAUUGGUAUCAGUGUAUGUUUAUUAAAGGUGUGCAUCGGCUGAAUCGGAUCAGCCUAUAUGCUUGACUAUCGCUUCCAAUUGGCAUGCUAGAAAUCAAUAUUUCUGCUGCAUACUGGAUACAGCCGC